UAGGCCUAGAUAGGCAAUGAUUACGCUUGCGAGGCUUAGUUGGCGCCCCGCUAUGAUGUAUAUGUCUGCCUAGGUAUUCUUUUAAAUAGUCCCAAAUCGAUACUUUCCCCUUCAUUUUAUUUUCUCUUCUCUUCUCUUCAUUCCUCUUUCAAAUCUCAAGCUGAAAUACGACGAAAUGUCCAACAAAUGGGACAAAACCAAAACGGCCAGCAAAAAAGGCUUCGACAAAGCCUGGGCGGCCUUUGACAAACUCGGCGCCCCCGUAAACAGACUCAGCAACAAACUCGGCUCGGAAGCCUUCUGGCCGACAACCCUCGACAAAGAAAGCGAAAAAGCAGCUCGCAUCCUGCGCAGUUUCUGCAAAGACGGUGUCUACAUUGAAGAGGACACGCCUACGCCUCAGCCACCGGCAGAUGGGAAGAUCGACAAGCCACGCGGCAAGCCAACGGUGUUGAAGAAGAUUCCGUCGGAUGUGAUCCGGAACGCGAAGGGGUUGGUUAUCUUUACUGCUAUGCGGACGGGGUUGUGGUUUAGUGGUGCGGGGGGCAGUGGGGUGGUGAUAUCUCGUAUCCCGGAGACGGGGGAGUGGAGCGCCCCGUCUGGGAUUAUGCUGCAUACGGCUGGAUUGGGGUUUCUGGUUGGUGCGGAUAUCUACGACUGCGUGAUGGUGAUCAACACGUACGAAGCGCUGGAGGCGUUCACUAGAGUCCGCGUGACGCUGGGCAGCGAGAUCACCGUUGCCGCGGGGCCGGUGGGAAUGGGCGGCGUGUUGGAGUCGGAAGUGCAUAAGCGACAAGCGCCGAUCUGGUCGUAUGUGAAGAGUCGGGGGUUCUAUGCGGGGGUGCAGGUGGAUGGGAGUAUUGUGAUUGAGCGGACGGAUGAGAACGAGCGGUUUUAUAAUCAUCGGGUGCCGGUGAAGGAGAUAUUGGCGGGCCAUGCGUGGACGGAGAAUGCGUCUGUGAUGAUGUUAAGGCAUACGAUUCAUUGUGCGCAGGGCGAUUCGCAGUUUGGCUCGUCGGUGAGUGGAUUGCAGAUGCCAGCUGGGCCGAGUCCGAGUGAUAUUCCGCCUGAGCAGUUGGUAAACACGCAGAUGUCUGGAGGGAAUCAGGGAGGAAAUCAAAUGGGAGGGAAUCAGAUGGAUCAGCAGUUUCAAUAUGCUCCUCCUGACCAUCCUCCUCCUGGGUAUACUGGGUAUGGCCAUCCUGAACAGGUUACUGUACCUCAACCGCCUCGAUAUUAG